AUGGCUCAUAAAAUGAACGGUUAUGAUCAUCAUUAUCGUCGUGAUGGUGAUCAGUCGGUGAUUGACGUAGGGAAUAAUCAUAAUAUCAAAACGGUGAUUUUUACUGGUGGGCUAGAGUUUUCUAGCUUGACAUACACUGUGACAAAAAAGAAGAAGGUUGAAGGGAAAUGGUUGAGCGAAGAGGUGGACUUGUUGAAUAAGAUAACUGGGUAUGCGCCGAAAGGGUGCAUCACGGCGGUGAUGGGGCCGAGCGGUGCGGGCAAGUCGACUUUGCUCGACGGUUUGUCUGGGCAGAUUGCAAGUGGGAGUCUUAAGGGCAAGGUGUCCUUAGAUGGGGUAGAGAUGAGCCCUAGCUUGAUUAAAAGAACUUCGGCUUAUAUAAUGCAGGAUGAUAGGCUGUUCCCGAUGCUUACUGUUUAUGAGACGUUCAUGUUUGCGGCUGAUUUUCGGCUUGGCCCAAUCUCCACGGCUGAUAAGAAGCAGCGUGUGGAGAAGUUGAUUGAACAACUCGGCUUAUCUUCAUCGAGGAACACGUACAUAGGCGACGAAGGGACAAGAGGAGUCUCCGGCGGUGAGCGACGGCGUGUGUCAAUCGGCGUAGACAUAAUUCACGGACCAUCCUUGCUAUUUCUUGACGAGCCAACGUCCGGUUUAGACUCCACCAGCGCUCACAACGUGAUCGAGAAGGUUCACGACAUAGCUCGCACGGGCAGCACUGUUAUUCUCACAAUCCACCAGCCAUCCUCCAGAAUCCAGCUGCUUCUCGACCAUCUCAUUAUCCUCGCUCGAGGCCAGCUCAUGUUUCAGGGAUCGCCAAAAGACGUCACUCUUCACCUCACCCGAAUGGGAAGAAAACUCCCCAAAGGAGAAAACUCAAUCGAAUAUUUAAUUGAUGUGAUACAAGAAUAUGAUCAGUCCGAGUUGGGUGUUGAGGCCUUGGCGGAGUUCGCACGCACUGGGAUGAAACCGCCGCCGUUGACGGAGGAAGAAGAGGAUGCAUCUGUAGUCUCAACGGUUGAGCUUUCUCCGAUGCCACGACGGAAUCAAGUCGUUGAAGGAGUUUCCGGAAAAGGUGGAAAAAGGCUUCAUUUGCAGACAAGUAAUCGUCUAGUUGAUGAGUUUGAUCAUAGUGUAAGAAGUCCUUAUAACACGUCAAGAUCAUGGAGUGCUAGCCAUAGUGGGGUUGUCCAGACGCUCAGGUUUACUCCUCAACGAAAUGAUCUGAAAAUGAACCCAAUGAGCUCGUCACCCGGGUACUACACGUACUCGAGCGAAAUCCUCACAGGGACACCAACGCCGCAUAGCAGUGACUACACAGUGAACGAAAACGACUACUUGACACCAGGGGCCGGUCGGGCGGCCAUGGCCAAUCACGGUGGUGGUGCAAAGUAUGCAAAUUCCUUCUUCACCGAGUCGUGGAUUCUCAUGCGCCGGAACUUCAAGAACAUCCGUCGAACCCCCGAGCUCUUCCUGUCCCGACUUAUGGUGCUCACAAUCAUGGGGUUCAUGAUGGCCACCAUGUUCAUGAACCCCAAACAGAACGCGCAAGGAAUCACGAAUCGUAUUAGCUUCUUCAUCUUCACCACCUGCGUCUUUUUCUUCUCCUCAAACGACGCCGUUCCAGCUUUCAUCCAAGAACGUUUCAUUUUCAUCCGGGAAACUUCACAUAACGCCUAUAGGGCUUCUUCUUACACCAUUGCAGGAUUCAUCACCUACCUCCCGUUCCUCCUCCUCCAAGCCGCCGUCUACACCGGCAUAGUAUGGAAAGCUCUUCGGCUUCGUGGCUCCAUCUUGUAUUUCCUUAUCGUCCUCUAUUCUUCCCUCCUGUCAACCAACUCGUUCGUGGUUUUCGUCAGCUCCAUCGUGCCGAACUACAUUCUGGGUUAUGCGGCGGUCAUCGCUUUCACCGCUCUGUUUUUUCUCUUCUGCGGGUAUUUCGUCCACAGCCAUGCGAUUCCAGGUUACUGGAGAUGGAUGAACAAGAUCUCCACCAUGACUUACCCGUACGAAGGCCUACUCAUGAACCAGUACAGAACUGAUAAACCUUUUGGGAAGAACCCAAAUGGGAGUGACGUGUCUGGGUUCGAAAUCUUGGAUUCGCUGGGCAUCCAUGGCGAUGAAAAAGAGGAAUGGAAGAAGGUGCUUAUUAUGGUCGGAUGGGCUGUUUUCUACAGGGUUUUGUUUUAUAUAAUUCUUCGUUUCUUUUCCAAGAACCAGCGGACAUAG